UACAUGUCAGAUACUCUUAGCAGAUGAUUCUGAGCUUAUAGAAUAAAAAGGACUUCUGGUUACAAAUUAACUGUUUGAGCUACACUUGUACAAGCAGUUGUCAUUAUUGAUGUUUUCACAUGGUAUCAGUCCUUUGUGCUAUUGUAGCAUUGAUCAGUCAUUUAUGCUAACAGACUCCAUAUAAAAAUUUAUUGCUUUUAACAUGGUUAACGUUAAAAAGUAGGUGAUGGAAUUGAACAUUAAGCUCAGAGAAACUUAACUGUGCACUAACUGUAUAAAGAAUAAAUGAUGACAUAGACCUGACAUGACAUAAUACAAGUGUCAGAAAAAAGAAAUGUAUUAGUAGUCCUGGUUGUUAAUCUCUUUCUGUAAUUACUAAUUUUUCUUAGCCUUUUUCCAAAGGUUUUUAGGCUUGUGUUGAAUAACUUUAAUUCUAGUUAUAUACUAUUUUUAAGGAAGUUUUAUGAAAAGAUUGGCAAUAUUUAUCUAGUAUUCAUUUGCUCCUUAAUUAUGUUUGAGUGUUCCUAUUUUGGGCAUACUAGCCAUGUGAAGAGCAGGGAAAAGCCUAGAACUAAAGAAGUUGGGAACUACAAUAAUAGCAAUGUUAGUUCCCUUUAUGAUGUAAUGUUCUUUACCAUGAGCUCUCUUUGCUUAUUUCCUUAAGCCCCUUCUCCAUGAGCACUUAUACAGCCCUGUGUUUCCCAAGUCACUGUUUUGUAGGAAUUGCUAGAGACAGCUUGAGGCCUGACAGCCUGGGUAGCACAAUGAAGGUGGCAGCUAUCAGACAUUAUGAACAGUGAGAAAAGUUAUGAUUCAUUGCCCAAUUUUACUGCUGCUGACUGUCUAAGGCUUCUUGGCAUAGGAAGAAACCAGUAUAUCGAUCUUAUGAAUCAGUGUAGAUCAUCAAAAAAAUUUUUCAGAAGGAAAACGGCUCGUGAUCUUCUACCAGUAAAGCCAGUGGAAAUUGCCAUAGAGGCCUGGUGGGUGGUGCAGGCUGGAUAUAUCACAGAAGAUGACAUCAAGAUAUGCACUUUGCCUGAGAAAUGCGCUAUUGAUAAGAUCAUCGAUUCAGGCCCUCAACUCUCUGGAUCCCUAGAUUACAAUGUAGUACAUAGUUUAUAUAACAAAGGAUUUAUUUAUCUCGAUGUACCAAUAUCUGAUGACAGUUGUAUAGCAGUUCCUCCUCUUGAAGGUUUUGUAAUGAAUCGAGUGCAAGGUGAUUAUUUUGAAACUCUGCUCUAUAAGAUAUUUGUUUCAAUAGAUGAGUACACUAAUGUUGCAGAGCUUGCAAAUGUCCUAGAGAUAGACUUAUCCCUGGUUAAGAAUGCUGUUUCAAUGUAUUGCCGAUUGGGUUUUGCCCAUAAGAAGGGACAAGUAAUAAAUUUGGAUCAACUUCAUUCAUCAUGGAAGAAUGUUCCAUCCGUAAACAGAUUAAAGAGUACUUUGGAUCCACAGAAGAUGCUCUUAUCAUGGGAUGGCGGGGAAAGUAGAAGUCCUGUACAAGAAGCUUCAUCAGCGACUGACACUGAUACAAAUAGUCAAGAAGAUCCAGCUGACACUGCCAGUAUAAGCAGUCUUAGUCUAUCUACAGGAUACACAAAACGUAUCGCAUUUCUGUUUGACUCAACUCUUACUGCCUUCUUAAUGAUGGGAAAUCUUUCGCCAAACUUGAAGAGUCAUGCAGUCACAAUGUUUGAAGUAGGCAAACUCUCAGAUGAGUCUCUGGACAGCUUUCUUAUAGAACUAGAAAAGGUUCAGAGCACUGGUGAAGGAGAAGCACAGAGAUAUUUUGAUCAUGCGCUUACUCUGAGAAACACAAUACUGUUUCUGCGUCAUAAUAAAGAUCUAGUUGCGCAUACUGCACAGCCAGACCAACCCAAUUAUGGUUUUCCUCUGGAUCUCUUACGCUGUGAAAGCCUUCUUGGUUUGGACCCAGCAACUUGCAGCAGAGUGCUGAACAAAAAUUACACGCUGCUUGUUUCCAUGGCUCCCCUCACCAAUGAAAUCCGGCCGGUCAGCAGCUGUACCCCUCAGCAUAUUGGACCAGCUAUCCCAGAAGUCAGUUCUGUCUGGUUUAAACUGUACAUUUAUCAUAUCACUGGACAAGGACCACCAUCUCUUUUACUGUCCAAAGGUACAAGACUUCGAAAAUUGCCAGAUAUAUUCCAGGGUUAUGAUCGAUUACUAAUAACAUCUUGGGGUCAUGAUCCUGGGGUAGUUCCUACAUCAAAUGUGCUCACGAUGUUGAAUGAUGCUUUAACACAUUCUGCGGUUUUAAUUCAGGGACAUGGUUUGCAUGGGAUAGGAGAAACUGUCCAUAUACCGUUUCCAUUUGAUGAAACAGAACUACAAGGAGAAUUCACUCGUUUCAAUAUGGGUGUUCAUAAGGCAUUGCAAAUAUUAAGGAACAAAGUGGACUUGCAGCAUUUCUGUGGAUAUGUCACCAUGUUGAAUGCUUCUAGCCAACUUGUAAAUAGAAAACUCAGUGAUGCUUCUGAUGAGAGAGGAGAACCUGAUUUAGCUUCUGGCUCAGAUGUAAACGGGAGUACAGAAUCAUUUGAAAUGGUCAUUGAGGAAGCAACUAUAGAUUCAGCAACAAAGCAAAUCUCUGGUGCCACAACAGAAGCAGAUUGGGUUCCUCUCGAGCUGUGUUUUGGAAUUCCACUGUUUAGUUCUGAUCUAAACCAGAAAGUUUGUAGGAAAAUUGCUACACAUGGCCUUUGCAGAAAAGAGAGCCUUCAAAACCUCUUACAUUCCAGUAGAAAACUUUCUCUACAAGUCCUUAACUUUGUUCACUCAUUCCAGGAAGGUGCUUCAACACUGGAUGUUCAUGCAGAGCCCAGUUUUUCGAGUUUGCUUUCACAGUCAUCUUAUGCUGAUAUGGGAGUUCCACUUCCUGCAAAAAACUUAAUAUUUAAAGAUGGCAUCUUAUCGGAAUGGAGUGGACAGUCACCUUCCUCACUUCUUAUUGCUAAUCUCCAUUUGCAAUAAUUUGGUUACGCCAUUUGUUGCUCACUUUCUGCCUUUUUUCUUUCUGAACGUUAGCUUUAUAGUGUCAGCCACUAAAAAGCACCCUGCUGCUGCAGUGCAAUUCUUGCUUAACUGAUAGUAAACGUUUUGGAAACAUGUUCAUGUUUUCUGAAGUUUUGCUCAUUAUUGCAUAUCUUAUUGCAACAAAGUGCUUUUUAGCAGCCAGCACUGUAUUUUUUACCUUGAGACAAUCUGCAUUUCUUUUAUAAAACUAAGGAUAUACUUUAUAGGCUUUACGAUGACUGUUAUGUUUAUAAGCAGUCACUAUGAAAAUUGCUGUAGUAAUUUUUUAUAUGUUAGUUUAUCAAACAUAAAAUCUUGUUUAGUUUUAUAUUUUGUUACCUAUACUUUAGGAGAUCAAGGGAAGAGAGAGAACUCUUCCCCUGAAAAGGCUUCUUGGUACUUAAAGUAGUAAAACUAUAAAACAAUAAACAUCCAGUAUUGAGAGAUGGUAUGAUGGGGCAUUAAGAAUUCCUGUGGAUGUCUGUAAAUUAUGUAUAUCAGUUGAACGUGUUGAAGGUAUGUAAAUCUGCAUAGUUAUGUAUAAUUUAACCUUGAUAAGGUCUUAGACUAUGACUAUUCAGUGACAUCUCAUAAGAAGCUUUGGAAAACAUUCUAUUUUUAAACACUGUUUAUAUGUGGACUUCUGUUGUCACUCACUUUGGGCUUUAUAUUUUCAUAGAGUCUUUAUGGAAAAAAAUAGAAUUUAUUUUCCACUCUGGUAAGCUGCAGCUGCUGCACGCUUUCACCCUGAUUUAUUUUUUGUUUCUUAGCUUUGAUGUUUUCAAACCAAGGAUUGUGAUUUUAGAUUAGAAUGACAUAUUAGAAGCAUUAAGGCUGUGUCUUUGGAUCAGAACAUUUUAGUGAUAAACCUACUUUGAAGACAUAGUCUUAAGCAAUCUGGAUCUUAAAUUUAUGUGAAUAGUUUUUUAAGAAAUGAUAAAGAAAAGUUGACUAAUUUCAAAGUGUUUCUUGAGUCAUUGAUUCUUUUAGUAUCACCAAUGUUAAUUAGAAUAAUUGGAAUCACUUUUUAGACUUUUCAAGUUACCUGGCUUGGGAAGUUUGUGCAGUGUUAUAGUUUAGCUCCUCUUAUAGGGUAAAGGUUUGCUAGUUUAAAACUGUAACCAAACUAACUGGUUAGACAAGAUAUAUCUGAAACACUUAAAGAAUUAGAAAAUUUGGGAAUGUUAUUAUAUAACCUAAACAUUUUUGCUGAUAAUUUUUGUUAUUUAUAGAACUGAUAUUUGUGUAUUUAACAUACUUCUGGAAAUAUAUGCCUUUCUUUAAAACUGUUAUCAUAACCAUGUAUUCAAUACCAUGGCCUAUCUAUAGAAUUGAAUAUUUUGGACCAGGUUAUCUGUGGCACAGUCAAGUGCUGUGUUUGGGGUAAAUGCAGUAGCAUCUAGUUUUCUACUUUGUCCUAUAGAAGGUAGAAACCAUGUGUACGUUAUGUUUGUCCAUAAAAGGAAAAUACAUACUAAUAUUAAAAUAAUUUCUUAUGACUGUGAAUCAUUUAUUUUUCCAAUAAUUGAUAUUGUACAUUCCUGGCACUAUUAGGUAUGUAUGUAUGUAUGUAACUUUUAAGGGUUUUCAACUCAAAGUUGUAAGUAUUUUAUUUGAUCAGGGCUCUUUAAUCUCAUUUUAAUUUGCUUUGUCUGAAUUAACUGUAGUUAUUUUAUUUAUUAUUGUAUUAACAAUAUAAAGAAACCAACUGUAAUAACAUGUACACUAAUAAAGAAUUGAACAUUUGUAGUUGUUGGCCGUGAACCAGUUGGUGAGUUUAAAGCUUAAAAUAUGGGAGUGAUUUGCUGCUAUACUUCCUUUGAGAAAUAAUGAAAAAAGAAAUAGACCCUAAUAAUGAUCAUGAAUUUUAGGGAAAGUACUGAAAAAAUAUGGAGUCAACUCUAGUUUCUUGUGUUGAGUGAGGAAAGAGUAAUCAUCUUAUUCCCAGCUGAAGACCUCUCAUACUCUUAAGGAGGGAGAAUCUGCAUUUGUAGAGUUCUUAGCAAAAUGUGAAAUGCUGAUGUUUGUGCUUUGUACAAGAAUUUGCCUUUGUUUUAGUCAUAUAUGAAAACAUGUAAUCCCUUAAAUCUUACAAGUGUUAAUCCAAUUCAACAAGAAGGUAAAGUUAAAAUGUAGACUUCAUUAUUUGCCAAAAAAGAUUCAUGAAAAUUUUUAUUCAAUUACUUUACAAAUAUUUCAAGAAAUUUCAUUUGGCUAAAAGGGACACAGAAUUUAGUAUGGUAUAAUUUUACCUCUCAAAUGCAUCUAAAGGAAUGCAACUUCAUAUCAUUUUUAAAAAUACAGGCUUCUGAUCUCCUUUCUUUCUUUUUUUAAUAUGCAACUAGAUGAUUUUUGUCUUUGUCUUUUGGGGGAGUAGUAUUGGUUUCUUUUACUUGAUGUUUUUGGUUUUCUCUGUAAUUCAUGUUUCUUUUUUGUGUUCAGUGUUUCAAAUACAAUUUGUAUUUAAAAAUUUUAAAGUACCAAAACUAUAACUGAAUACAGUGGGUUGUUUUCUGUUAGGAUGUUGAUAUUAUACAAUGAAAUGUAUGAAGUGUUGUCAAUUUGAUUAUUGACACAUAUAACAUGUUUACAAAUAAACUGUGGUGUUGAUCAAAUUA